AUGGCCCUCGCUAUCAUCACUUCGGCAAGAAAACUCAGAUCUUAUUUCCAAUCGCACACUAUCGAGGUGCUCUCCAACCAGCCCCUCAGGACGGUAAUGCAAAAUACCAACCAAUCAGGAAGGCUAACAAAGUGGGCAGUCGAGCUUAGCGAGCACGACAUCAUGUACAAAAACCUCACAGCGGCUAAGUCGCAAGUCCUUGCUGACUUCCUGAUCGAGCUAACGCCGGAGUUAGAACAAGAUCUUGUGCUGCCAAGUCUGAACUGGAUACUGCACGUACAUGGGUCAUCUACGAACAAAGGCUCAGGGGCAGGCGUACAACUCCAGUCAACAACAGGCGAACUAAUCCGACAGUCGUUCAGUUUUGAUUUUCCGGCAUCCAACAACGAAGCCGAAUACGAGGCUCUCAUCGUAGGCCUUCGUCUCGCCAAAGCAGUCAAUUCCUUGGAGACUACGACGUCAGAAGAUGCUUACUUAAACCUCGUCAAAGGUCUUACACAUGUCAAAGGUCUUACACAAGAUUUCGAGUUCUUCGAGCUAACGAAAGUCCCUCGCGGAGAGAACGUAUGUGCGGACGCACUCGCAGCCCUUGGGAGCAAACUACACGACCAGGUGAAAAGAACAAUCCCAAUACAUAGGAUUGAAAAGCCAAGCAUCAGCCCACCGACGGAACAAUUUGCCAUUGCAGCAUCUGUUACCGAUGCCAUGGUAAUCGAUGAAGGGGAACCUCGCGCAACGGAAGGGCUACUCGAAGAUUGGCGAACGGAAUUCAUCGCUUACCUUUCCGACGGAACACUACCUACAGAGAAAUGGGAAGCAAGGCGAAGGACGCAGUGCGCAUUAUGUCGUCAUGGAUGGAACACUCCAUCGAUGGACUGCAACCAAAGAACUCCUUAG